CUAGGCCCAGAGACCUGACAUGCCAACUUUUUCUGGCUGUGAGCUGAUCUGUCUGGCAUUUACCCAACAGGUUUCCCCAUGACAGGGUAUAGCCCUGUGUUCAGCAUGCAGCAUGUGGUGGGUGCACCCCCAGUUUUGGUGCGAAGAGGCCUCCUGGGAAGGGACCUCCUUGUGACCAGGACAUUCUGCAGCCCAGGCCCCAGCCAGCCCAGAGAGAAGCGACCCCAGGAGGUAGCCUUAGGCUUGUACCACCGCCUCACAGCCCUGGGCAAAGCUAUGGGGCGCAGCUUUCAGCAACAAGCAUCCUCCACAGCCAAGAUCUGGUGGGAUAGAUACGAAGAAUUUGUGGGACUCAAUGAGGUUCGAGAAGCCCAGGGAAACGUGACUGAGGCAGAGAAAGUGUUCAUGGUGGCUCGAGGCCUUGUCCGAGAAGCUCGGGAAGACCUGGAGGCUCAACAGGCCAAGCUGAAGGAGGUGAGGGACCGUUUGGACCGUAUCUCCCGAGAUGACAAUCAGUACCUAGAGCUGGCGACCCUGGAGCACAGGAUGCUGCAGGAAGAGAAGAGGCUUCGUGCAGCCCACAUGCGUGCAGAGGAUUCAGAGCGAGAAAAGUUCUCCCUCUUCUCUGCAGCUGUGCGGGAAAGUCAUGAGAAGGAGCGCACUCGGGCAGAGAGGACCAAGAACUGGUCGCUCAUCGGCUCAGUCCUCGGGGCUCUGAUUGGUGUGGCCGGCUCCACCUACGUGAACCGUGUACGGCUCCAAGAGCUGAAGGCUUUACUCCUGGAGGCGCAGAAGGGCCCCGUGAGCCUCCAGGAGGCCAUCCGAGAACAGGCCUCUAGCUACUCACUCCAGCAGAAAGACCUCCAUGACCUCAUGCUUGAUCUCAGGGGCUUGGUGCAAGCAGGGCCAGGGCAAAGCUCUGGGUCCCAGGCAGAUACUAUCCCCACCCGAGACAGAGACACAGAUGUCCUUUCAGCUGCCUUGAAAGAGAACCUCAGCCAUUCCAGGCAGGUCCAUUCAUGUCUAGAGGGUUUACGAGAUCAGCUCCAUGGCUUGGAAAAGACUUUAAGCCACACAGCUGGGGCGCUGCAGCUUGCAAAGGCUGCCACACAUCCAGGCCUGGUCGAGCCUGCAGAUAAGGCUCUGCCUGGCUCUUUGCUGGAGCAUGGGAGCGUGAUCCUGGCAUUGGCGGACAUGGAGCAGAAGCUAGAAGCCCAGGUCAACCGAAACACCGUCUACGGCACACUGGUCACCUGCCUGGCAUUUGUGGCCACGUUGCCUGUGUUCUACAUCCUGUUCAAGGCCAGCUAGCCCCUCAUAUCCAGAGGUUCUAAGGAAUAUGUGUGGAUGUGGAUUUAAUUCGAUUCCCAGCAAUGAAGUAAAAUAACCUUUGGGGG